AGAGUAACUUCAUAGGCCUGUAAAUCAAGUCCAGUGGUGGUUUGCUGGUGGACUAUUGGGCAAUAAAGUGCUGUAGCAUAGGUAGCUUCACAGCUGGCAGCAGGCUGGCUGGCACUUCUCCCGGGUCAUUUAGUCCCCGAUUCCUCUCCUCCCCAUCCUCCUCCUCCUCUUUUUUCCUCCUUCCUCAUAUCUUCUCUUCUUCUUCUUCACCAUCUCUCCACCAAAGAGCUGAGUUGACGGGUGACGAUCCCACCAAAAACUCACUCGUCAUCUGUCUCUCGUUAAACCAAUCCUUCUUCAAGCAAUAUUGCGCAUCUUUGAUAUUUCUGCAUUCUCCCCCUUUUCAUCUUCCCUUGGGGCAUGGUACUCGUCAAUAUCCAAAAAUGUCUGACAACGUACCAACCGACUUGGCCUUGUCCAUCGCCAGUUGCACUACCCACGUUGAGGAAGAUGCGCAGCAACGAGCCUUGUGGGCUAUUCCUGAAGAAGAGCCCAACAAUGUGACUCGUGAGCCUCUCCAGCAACAGGAAGAGGAUGGCAAGCUGCAAAAUCUACGUCAAUAUCUUGCGUCAUGCCACAAUAUGAAUCGAGCAGCGCAGACCAUUAACGGCGAUUCGUGCUGUUCGCAAGCUACCACACUUCAACCCGAGGGUAAACUGUAUCCUGCAGAAAUUGCUUUGUCUCCUGAUUUCAUGGACAAGCAAAUGGAGGUCUGGAAGGUGGUGCUGGCAGACGACAACUCAGCCCUCUUGCAGAAGAUGUUCCCUUCAAUGGAACAAGUGCACGAUGAAUAUUUCUCCAUGGAGCCCAUCAACGGCCACCCGACACUCUGCGUGUUUGAGCGACUGGGUAUAUCCAAGGCCGUCAUGAACCUGCUUCACGGAGUUUUGGACGACCAAGACCUCAGCAAAGCCGUUGGUCUCACCGGAGACAUAACGUACGGCCUUCUUGACGAAGAUGAUAAUGAUUCAGACGUUGAAGACGAUGAACAUUGCAGCUUCUGUGUCUACUCCAACACCGAGUGUGGUCGACCUUUUCCUGUUGUCGGAAUGGAGUACAGGCCAACUGAUCCACCCAUGGUGCAAGAGAUUGCCACGGCCCUGGUUGAUGAUAUUAUUCCGGAGCGCGAUGUUAUUGGAAGAGAGGAUGACACAUUCACCUUUGUGUCGUCAUCCAAGCAGGUCGUUACUGCUACCAUUACUCAACUCUUUGACCGCAUGGUGAAGUCGGGUGUGCCGUACGGCUACAUCUACACGGGAGACGCCAUCAUCUUUCUGGAGAUUCAUGACGACGACCCGUCUAUCGUGCACUACUAUGUCAGCAUCCCCGACAUUGACGUCUGUGAUGAAGACGAAUCAACUCUGCGCUACUCUGCUGUCGGUCAAAUCUUUGCAUUCAUAAUCAGAGCGAUGCAAGCGGAACCCCGUUCUGUGCAGUGGCACGACAGAACCGCAAACGUUGAUGUUUGGAGGAGCAGCCGCAGCGAGGCAUUGCUCAACAUGACGUCGUAUCAGAGCGCACCAGGCUCCUCAAGCGCUACUAGCGUUGGUGAUGAGGUGAUGAAUGAUGUCGACGCAGAGUACGAACAGGUCGGUGAAGACAACGAAGAGGAUGAAAACGACGAAAACAACAAUCAGGAUGACGAGGACGAGUAUGAAGAGUAUGACGAUUACUACCUCGACAUUGACGAGGACAUGUACGUGGCCGUUGACAUUAAUCUCGUAUGGGGACAAGAUGGGGAACUUGUUCCCCAGAGAGACGAAGAUCAACAAUACGCAUGCCAGGAUGGAGAAGAAGGCUUCGUCGACGAUGGCAAACAAACCUAUUGGUUUGUAGAUGGCGAGGUCAUUGUUAGUGACAUUCGACAGCGCCAAUACUGCACCCAAGAGUGCCUGCUUGGUUUGACCAAUGGCUCAGCUCUUGACCAAGCUUGCCCCAAUGUCGAAAAGCACGGAGAUGAACACAUCAGCAACCUUGAGUUUCUCCGACUGGUUCAGAGCCAGCUUGCCCGCACUCGUCACGUAUCUGGCUGCUGCGUCUCACUUGACUUGAAAGGCUCCCUGGGAGCCAUGUUCAAGGUCAUGAUUCCAUCCCACGGUUACACGUUCGUUGCCAAGGGUGUCACGGAAGGAAACGUGCCCCGUCUGUUGCGCGAAGGAGACACGUACACUCGGCUCAGGGACGUCCAAGGAGGUUGCGUCCCCGUUUAUCUCGGCAUUGUUCAGCUUGAAGCGGCUUUUGACCACGAUAGCGCCGCUUACAGCCACUUCAUGCUUCUCAGCUGGGCCGGUCGGCCUGUGGAAAAGCUCAAGGAAUCCCAGGCAAGCUACGGAUUUGUCAAUUCUACACGCAGGGCUUACACGGAACUGCACAAUGCCGGUCUGGUUCACAACGACGCAGACUUGGGAAACAUGCUCUACAAUCCUCAGCUUGAUAGAAUCAUGCUUGUGGACUUUGAGCACGCAUCCAUCUACGAAUGCCACGUCGCAGAGUUUGAGUACCGCGAUACCAGCCGCAGCCACUGUGCCACUAUCGAGGAGGUGGAAGACGAAGAGGCUGGUGGCAGUAGCGACAACAAGAGUGACGAUGAUGACGGCUUCGCCCACAUCCAUAACCACACCCCCGGCCACAGCCACAGCGGUGGCCUCAGACGAGUCAACAGGUGCGAGAAUCUGCGAAGGGAGUUUGAGGCCGCGUCUGAGCGAGAGAUGAACCGUGCAGUCAAUCUGAUGGAGAUCCUCGCUCCCACGCUGCGCCCGUGGCAGAUCGUUUAGGUUGGAAAUUUCGGCAGACAUGUCUGGGAAAAUCUCGAGCGAAAAUUCGGCACGGAACAUCGGAGCAAGUGGUAGUGGGUUACGGUUUGUCAUUGGCGAGUUCGGAGCCGGACGCUGGGAUUUCAAAUGUGGACGGUCAUUUUUCUCAAGGGUUUUACAAAGGCAGAGAGAGAGAGAGAGUUACGGCUUUAUUCCAUGUACUUCAAGUUUGCUUGGCGGAUUUACAGAUUGGAUGGGUGCCCUGGUAGGUUUUAUCUUCAAGCAGUUGCUAGAUUACCUCAGUAGUAGUAGGGACCUAUAGUAGUAGUACAUGGAGCCUCUCCUUAUUCGCUUAUUUUCGCUUUCCGCUCUUGGUGUUUUAUGGUGUGAUGUUGAGUCAUCGAAUAGCAAGAGGUGAACAUCCAAAUUUGUUGUUU